AUGCGAACCAUGAGUGUUUCUAACUCCGCAGACCCUCGCUCUCUACAGAGUAUAGACCCCGUGCCCAUCAAAGCCGCUAAAGCAGAGAUCACCGCGUCUCAUCGGGAGACGAUGGACAGGCCCAGCAACAGUGAUCAGGCUGAGUCUGGCCAGGAGGCAGCCAACGCCAGAACGGCCGUUUAUCAUGAGUUGGCAAUCAUUGAAAUAACCUUGCCCCUGGCCCCACUGCAGUUCAGCAUUGAACCAAAGGAUUGGGCCAAAUUGACAGCCAAAAGGCACAGUACAGGGUUCCAAGGUUUGGAGUGGACCAUUGUCAUUUCCAAAGGAAUCCGUACUGUGUUCCCCUAUUGUUCCUUUGGAUUCAAAAGACACCACUUAAAAAAACCAAACUCCUCACGGAAGAGGCCCCUUUUCAGCUGCCUCGCCUACUGCAGAUUUGAGGACUGCAAGGUUGAGGCAAAGGUGACUUUGGAAUCCCUGAACACAUUAUCUGCGAAGUUGGUCCUGGAUAAUAGACCAGCACGACAUUAUGCCGGUGACCGUAAAAGUCGACCUGUGCGGGCCAGUGACCGGACCACGCUGGGGGAGCGUCUGCAGACUGAGAAACCCAGAGCCAUGCAUGUGAGAGAUGUAGGGGCACUCUCAGAAGCCGUUUUUGUCUCUGGCUGCAGGGACCUGGCUCCACCUGUCAGUGUCCUGAAGAAUGUUUCCUAUGAUGUGAGGAAGAGUAGGAGACUCCAUCAUAAUGAAAUACAGAGUCUGGAGCGGAUGCUCAAGCUGCCAACAAAUGACACCAGUGUGCUCAAAAACGUGCUUCUGAGGCCAAAAGGAGUAAUGCUCUGGUCUCUCCGUGGCAUCCAAAUAUACCAGGAAAGGUGCAAGGAGGACAUAGUGUAUUUGGAUGCCACUGGGAGCUUAUUGAGGAGCCAAAAGAGUAACCCACCCUUCUAUAUCUAUGAGUUAGUAGUUCGUCAUCCGAAGAAGGGUGGGUCACCUCUCCCUGUGGCCACUUACAUCACAUGUGACCAUACCACUGCAUCAGUGACAUAUUUCCUGAUGUCAUUCGUCACUGAUGUGAAGAGGAGCCAUGGUCACAGGGUGGUGCCCUUAAUGGUCAUGUGUGACGGCUCACAGGUUUUGAUGCAGUCCAUCUCCUUCGCCUUUGCCAACAGGGGGCUCACAGACAUAUUGGCAGUGUAUUUCCGAAUUGCUACAGGGAAAGCUGUCAAAACAGACUGGCAGGUGCCAGUCCUCCACAGGUGCCUGUCGCACAUCAUGAAAAAUGCAAAGGAGAUGUGCAAAAAACAUGCCCCACAGUGUUAUGCCUUGGCAAUGCACAUAUUUGGCCACAGCUAG